AUGUUAAAAGCUGACCAACUACUCCUCAAAGCGCGCGAGCGCGUCUCAAAAACAACGUACAAGUUCGUAAACAAGGAGACAGGCUGCUACGGCGUCGCAGAGCGCGCUGCGCCCCGCAGAAGGCCUAACCUAACAAUCCACCACAACGAGCGAUGCGAAUGUGUCGACAUACCUAUGAAGACUAUAGCCAGACACGCGCAUGUGAUGUUCAACAGAAAAUGUAUCAGGAGAGGGCGGCGCGACGACCUGACAGUAGCUAUAAAGUUGCGGCUUCCAAAUGUAGGUAUUAGAGUAAAGAUACCGAGGUCCACAAAGCGGAUUAAUCCCGAAGAGGUAGACGAGAAGCCCUUGAGGGUCGUGGAAGAGGCGCUAGGAGGACAGUUGCUUGUCGAGGUAUGGGAUACACCAGAGGCUUGGCGUAAAAGGACAAUAUGGAAGGAUUGGUGA